AUGAACUCAAUUCUAUCAGCGCCUUUCGCGCCCCUGCUCUAUCUUCCCUCGGUUUCGGCAAGAGCAGGACUGGACCCACCACUUUCUCUCAAGCCAGGUCUGGACGGAGACCGCUUCGUCGCGAUAGAGCCAGGACCACCAGAGCUCUAUACCAGCAUCACCGUGGACAACGAGAUCCAGCCAGUGACUGUAGGAGGCACCUGGUUCCCAUCACUCUACCAAUACAACACAACCACCACCCAAGACAAGCAUGUCGUGCUCCACUUCCACGGCGGCUCUUACGUCCUCGGCGACGGCCGCACAUCAUCGUGUCAGUUCAUCGCCAACAAUUUGCUAGAGCACACCACAAUAAGCCAUGUCUUCAGCCUACAAUACCGUCUAGCCUGCAACCCCAACGGCCGUUUUCCCGCCCAACUUCAAGACGCCAUCUCCGCCUACUCAUACCUCCUCCACACGUUACACAUUCCGGCAUCUCGCAUCGUCUUCAGUGGCGACAGCGCAGGUGGCCACCUCGUCCUCGCACUCCUACGUUACAUCACCGACUACGAGGAGGAAAGGGUCCUCCCAUCACCAACAUGCUCGUGGCUUUUCUCGCCCUGGUGUGAUAUUCCCGGCGCCCGCAACAAGGAUGCCUGGCAGAACAUUCCCAAUGUACAGACGGACUACAUCCCACCCUCGUUCCCCGCGUGGGGCGCGAAGCAUCUUAUCGGGAACCUAAACGUCACCAGCGAGUUCGAACCGUAUCUCGCGCCGCUCUGGCAUCCCUUUGCCCUGCCUUCGCCUGUUCUGAUUGUUUCCGGUGGCAGGGAGGUUAUGUGUCAGGAACAUGAUCGGUUGGCGAGGCAUUUGAGUAAAAUGCAACAGAAUGAAGGUCGAGUAGAGUACUUCGUGCAGGCUAAUUUGCCCCAUGAUGUGCUUAUGGUUGCUUGGAUUCUGAACUUUCGAAAAGAGGCUAGUCAGUGUGCUGUUCAAGCUGGGGUGUUCUUGACGAGGAUGCAGGCUAUGUCGCAGGAGGAUGAGCUUGAGAUUCCUUCUGUCGCUUUCCAGCCGCGAUGA